UAUUAUUCACUAUCACGGUACCUUGUGUGCCUGUUUUUUCUCGAGGAUAAUUCUUUCAAUUUCAUCCCACAAAUGAGGAAAAAAUUUUUGUGAUAUAAAAGUAAACUUGAGAAUCUCAUCAAAUGACUUCCUCCCUUUUCUCAGCAUUUCCCUUCUUUUUCCAAUCUCAUUUUAACGUAAAAAAAAAAAGAUUAAAAUUCUUUUCCUUUUCACCUCGAUUGACAUGGCUCUUCAAUUAUCUGAUCAAUUGUGUAUUUUUGAAAAUCUGUAGGAAUUCUAAAAUCCUUCUGGGUUCCUUGUAAAACAUGAUAGAUCAUGUUAGCAAAAUCUACCCCUUGAAUUCAAACAAAAGAUAUUCAUUUUUCGUUAGUAAAUGGUUAAAAUGUUGUGGCUCAUGUUUUUUAUUAAAUAGCUCUUUGAUUCUGUAUGAAAAAUCUAAUUUCUUGUCAGAAUUAAAUGGUUUAGUUGCAGCAUUAAAAUAACUAAGUUGUGAUUGCAACCUUGCAGGGGUAUCUGGAAAUUUUGUUUUCUUUGUUAGAAGACAAAAUUGCUCCGAUGGGUACUGCUGGGACUCUAGACAGAUUCAGAAAUCUUCCUCACAAAAUUGCUUAUCAGAUUCUUCUCUUUAUUUCCAUGGGAGAGCUUGCUCGAUUCAGAUUGGUUUCUAAGAGAUGUAAAAGAUGGAUGGAUCUGCGUCAGGAUGAUGGCAUCAAGAUUUCAACAUUGUAUCUCAAUCGGUCCUUCGAGGGAAGCUAUUCUUACGAAGAAUUCUACGUUGGCAAAUUGUUGUCUCAGGCUGCGGGUUCUGAAGUUGAACAACUUAAGAUAGAAGUUAUUACCAGGUCUGAUACUGCUUUUGAACUACCAGUUUCGGUCUUGAAAUGCGAACCCUUGACGAUUCUUAUGCUUAUCUUGACGAACCAAGGCAUUGUGAGAUUUCCCUCGUUAUCGUCUUCUUAUUUCUACAAUUCUCAAACAAUUAAAGUUAGAAAAUGUACAUCCAGAGUAUGAGUUUAUUAGAGAUUUGGGCUCAAGCUUCUGCAAGUGAUUGAAGGUUUUGCAACUUUUUAAAUUGAACUGAGCUAAAACAAGUUACCAUCUGCCAACCUCGCCAACACAAUAUCGGUGUUGGACCCAUUAAGUCCCAACGCAUCAUGGG